AAAAUAAAAGUGAAAAUUUCCAAAUAGUUUACCGCAAUCGUACCCAUAGGCCCGUAGCCUUCACGGGCCUAAAUGCUUAUGUUUCUCAAGCUCUUGAGCAACUGUUGAACAUCGGUCUACGCCUGGAACAAAUUUGCCACGGGAAAAUGGAUAUUGAUCAGGACGCUAAUUCCGGAGGACAAAGUGGAGGAGUACAAGACAAGGGCUGUUCAGCAAUCAUGGUGAUAUUGGUGGGUGCACCGGGCAGUGGGAAAUCUACGUUCUGCGAUCAGGUCAUUAGGGCAUCCUCUCGCCCUUGGGUUCGUAUCUGCCAGGUUCACCUACUGUGACAUUUUCUCUUGAUGGUUCAUCUUCAUCUAUGCUUGUAUCAAUGAACUAUUGUAUUUGAAAUGUUCUACGAAUUUCCUGACUGGGAAAUCCAUUAUUACUCACACCUGGCAUAUCUCAGCGCUGCUCACUUUUUCUUUGUAGGAUACAAUUGGGAAUGGAAAGGCUGGGACAAAGGCACAAUGCUUGAUGAGUGCAACUCGUGCAUUGGAGCAAGGCAGAAGUGUGUUCAUUGACAGGUGCAACUUGGAUAAAGAACAACGUUCAGACUUUAUGAAACUUGGUCGUGACUCAAUGGUGGUUGAAAAGCAUGCAGUGGUUCUUGAUCUUCCAUCAAAGAUAUGCAUAUCUCGGUCUGUGAAACGCAUUGGGCAUGAAGGAAAUUUGCAGGGUGGUAAAUCUGCUGCAGUUGUUAAUAAGAUGCUUCAAAAGAAAGAAUUGCCCAAUUUGAGUGAAGGAUUCACACGGAUUACAUUCUGUCAUGAUGAAAAAGAGGUUCAAGCUGCUAUUGAUAUGUACUCUGGACUUGAUCCCUCAGAUUCACUCCCAUCAGGCUGUUUUGGUCAGAGGAAUCCAAAUGCUAAGAUUCAACUUGGUAUAAUGAAGUUCCUUAAGAAAGUAGAUCCGGUGGGAGAUAAUAGUGCAUCCACGUCACCUCCUGCCUCCAAUGAUGCAAAGAGCAGUGAAGAACCAGCAACUGCUAGCACUACUUGCAUGGACAGUUCUUCUCAUGAUGUUCCAACCUUAGCAUUCCCUUCUAUUUCUACAGCAGAUUUCCAGUUUAAUCUUGAAAAGGCAUCUGACAUCAUAGUUGAGAAAGUAGAGGAAUUUGUGCCUAGACUUGGAAACGCUAGGCUUGUUUUAGUGGAUUUGUCAAACAAUUCAAAAAUACUUUCCCUAGUCAGGACAAAAGCCGCAAAGAAGAACAUUGACUCUAAUAAGUUCUUCACGUUUGUUGGUGAUAUCACUCAGCUACAUUCUGUUGGAGGGUUACGCUGCAAUGUAAUUGCUAAUGCUGCCAACUGGCGACUUAAACCAGGAGGAGGAGGGACAAAUGCGGCUAUAUUUAAUGCUGCGGGUGCUGCACUUGAAAGUGCAACGAAGGAAAGAAUUGGAUCCUUAUCACCCGGAAAAGCUGUUGUGGUUCCCCUUCCGCUGACAUCACCCCUCUUUACUAGGGAAGGCGUCACUCACGUCAUACAUGUUGUUGGACCAAAUAUGAAUCCCAAGAGACCAAAUUGUCUAAACAAUGACUAUGUCAAGGGAUGCAAGAUUCUUUCUGAAGCUUACUCAUCGCUUUUUGAUGGAUUUGCAUCAGUGGUACUCAGGGCCGAUGACAACUUCUCCAAGGAGAACUCAUUUAAACUGCAAGAUCAACGGGGCAGAGAAUAUCAGAAUAGUGAUCAGCAGAAGUUUGAGAGGGAAACUGACUUUGAAUCUGCUAGCAAAAAACAUAAAAGCGUUCAGAAAGUAGAUCCCAGCACUGGGUGUCCUCUUGACACAAAGAACUGCUUCCAGAAAAAAGAUGCAAGCAAAACUUGGGGAUCAUGGGCACAAGCUCUUUAUGACAUUGCCAUGCAUCCUGAAAAGCACAAGAAUGAUGUCUUAGAAACAACGAGUGAUGUUGUGGUUCUGAACGAUAUGUAUCCCAAGGCUCAAAAGCACGUAUUGGUGUUGGCACGAGUUGAAGGCCUUGAUCGACUGUCAGAUAUUUGUAAAGAGCAUGUCCCAUUGCUUAAUACAAUGCAUGCUGUUGGCCUGAAGUGGGCAGAAAUGCUUCUGGAUGAAAAUGAGUCAUUAAUAUUCCGUCUUGGAUACCAUUCGGUUCCCUCAAUGCGACAACUGCAUCUUCAUGUGAUUAGCCAAGACUUCAACUCGAAGUAUCUGAAGAAUAAAAAGCAUUGGAAUUCAUUCAACUCUCCGUUCUUCCGGGAUUCAGUUGAUGUGAUAGAGGAAGUCAGUGCAAAUGGAAAGGCUAUGUUGCAGGAUGAUAGUGAAAAAUUUCUUGCAAUGGAAUUAAGGUGCCAUAGAUGUCGUAGUGUCCAUCCCAACAUUCCACGGCUUAAGGCACAUGUUAGCUUAUGUCAUGCCCCAUUCCCUUCUUUCCUGCUUCAUAAUGGCCGUUUAGUUUCCAAACUGAGUAAGCUCCAAAAUGAUAGUAGCUGAUAGGCUCCUCCCUUGUUCAUAAUCCUUUUAUUUACUUUAGAUGUACUAGUAUGACACGCAUGUAUCGUAUUUGGUGCAUCCAUAUUUUGCGUAGAAGUUGUUGCGCAUAUAUUCUAGAAACUUAUGGAAUAUAUUCGCAAAACAAAUUGCGCAUAUACGAUACUAUAUGCUUUAGAAAUGCUUACUUCACAGUGUACAAUUCACAUCCUUUUAAAUUAAACAACAAUGAUGCGGUUAUCAUUUGGAAAGUGGAAAUACGCUCAUAUUCUUGUCAUAA